GGUCUGGCACGUUUCCUAGCCAAAUUUCUCCACGGUGUAAAAUUGGAUUCCCCCUUUUUCACAAAACCAAAAAAAUAACCCCCCUUCAAUUCCCUGGAACCGCUGAUACGUUUCUGCUCAACACACACCUCCAAAGCUCCAGCAGAUAGCUCUGAAGAUGGCGGUGGUAAGCGGGAUGUCGGGGUCGGCUGUAGCCCGGCUGGAGGGCCGAGAAUUCGAGUAUCUGAUGAAGAAAAGGUCGGUGACCAUCGGCCGGAACUCCUCGCAGGGCUCGGUGGAUGUCAGCAUGGGACACUCCAGCUUCAUCUCCCGGCGGCACCUCGAAAUAUUCACCGCGGGAGAAGAUGGCACCGGCACGGGGGAAUUCUAUCUCCGAUGCCUUGGAAAAAACGGGGUGUUUGUUGAUGGGGUGUUUCAGAGAAGAGGGGCGCCACCUCUCCAGCUUCCCGAAUGUAAGAUUAUUGCGUGUUGUUUCCGGUUCCCCAGCACAAGUAUAAAGAUCACGUUCACAGCCCUUGCCAAUGACAAGAAGGAGCCAAGGAACGUGCCGGAAUCACCGGUUAAGCCCGUCCAACCCCAAAUUUCGCCACUGACCAUCAACAUUCCUGACAACAUUGCCCACCUCAUGAGCCCACUGCCUUCACCCACUGGCACCAUCAGUGCGGCAAACUCCUGUCCAUCAAGUCCACGGGGGGCGGGACUCUCCAGCUACAGGACGAGCCGCGUCCUGGCAUCUGACCUAAUAGGAGACAACUCCCAAUCUGAAAACGACAAAGAGGCCUCAGGUGAAGACAGCCCAAAGGAUGACUCCAAACCUCCAUAUUCAUAUGCACAACUAAUAGUCCAAGCGAUCACCAUGGCCACGGAUAAACAGCUCACGCUCAAUGGAAUAUACACCCACAUCACCAAGAACUACCCCUACUACAGAACAGCUGACAAAGGCUGGCAGAACUCAAUCCGCCACAACCUGUCCCUGAACCGGUACUUUAUCAAAGUGGCCCGCUCUCAGGAGGAGCCAGGUAAAGGCUCCUUCUGGAGGAUCGACCCCGCCUCUGAAGGCAAGCUGAUAGAACAAGCCUUCAGGAAGCGCAGGCCGAGAGGAGUGCCCUGCUUCAGGACCCCCGUGGGACCUCUCUCCUCCAGGAGCGCUCCAGCUUCUCCCAGCCACACAGGGGCACUGUCUGCCCACUCCAGUGGGGUCCAGACCCCAGAUAGCCUGUCCAGAGAAGGGUCCCCUGUCCCCAUGGAGCCAGAGCCAACCCCACCGCCAGCCCCCACCCAAACCACUACAGUCCAGCCCAAACUCGCUGUCAUCCAAGAGGCUCGCUUUGCACAGAACUCCCCUGGCUCCCCCCUCAACAAUCAGCCCGUAUUGAUCGCUGUGCAGCGCCAGAUGCCUCAAACGACCAUGAAGCCUGUGACCUACGCCAUGGCGUCACCAGCCAUUGUAACAACGUCAGUUAGCUCCGCCCCGGUCAUGCAGACGGUGCACGUAGUCCACCAGAUCCCAGCUGUCACCAUGGCAACUGUUGCCGGACAGCCCACUGCUACAGUGAGCCCAGAACCUCAGGAGAACGGAGGUGGAGAGCACCAAGAGAUCAAACUCAAAGUGGAGUCGGUCCCAUCCAUCACAGCCUCGUCUAUAGGUGGAGUCAGCCGCAUCAUCCAGAGCUCUCAGGCUGCUCCUCUGACCACAGUAACCAUCGUGCAGCAAGCCCCGCUCGGCCAGCACCAGCUCCCAAUAAAGGCCAUCACACAAAACGGGACACAUCUGGUCCCCAUCAGCACUGCUGCUAGUACAGCUGCUGCAAAUCCUCUUCACCUCCUGGCGGCCCACGCCUCAGCCUCGGCGUCCCUCCCCACCAAGAGGCAGAACGGAGAACUGCAAGAUCAACCCCAAUCAAAGAGGGUGAAAACAGAGGAGGAAGACGAGGGUGACGCUGCGGCCGCCAACAACACCCCCUCCACCAAUAACGGCACCACGGACAGAGCCGGAGAAGAAGGGGUCGGUGAACAGAUCUGUGACAAGUAGCCUCCCCUCCUCCCCGGUCUGCACCCUGACCCCUGCUCUCCUGUACGCAUUGAGCCUCCCACCCUCAACCCCCCCCCUCCACCAUCUACUCCAAGGUGCCAAAAGCAGAAGAGACGCGGAAAACACCUGCAGGACUUCAGAAUGUUCUCCUCCUCAACACCCCCCCACCUCUUCCAUAUAUUUAAGACCACGAAAUACGAUGCAAAAACUAAAGACCAAAUUUUCCAAAUCAAAGAGUUGCUGAUGACUGUGAAUCCCCCCCCCCCUCUCCUCCCCUUGAAGACCCAGAUGGCGAGAAGAAGCACAGGAAGAAGUAAACAAUCCAGAUUUCCAGAUCAAAAAGGACUUAUUGGAAAAAGGAGCCUCAUCCUGGUAGCAUUACAGACUUUACUGUGUCGGACAGAGAGAGCAACCAAGUGAAAUCACCAGUCGUGUAUUCCGCAAAGGGAAGCGUGUGUUAACGUACGUGUGGACAUUCCCAUCUUCGGCAGCUAGCCUCCAUGUCGACCUACCUAACCCAGUUGUGAGUAGAUAUGCAGUAUUCCGUUGUACAAGUGUAUCUUUGGAUCUUUUUUGAGUGUUUCUCCGUUUCCCAAGGCACAGAUAAUAUCUAGUAAUAAUUAAGAUAACUAAAAGCUAUAAGUGGGGUCUUUACGAACAUUUAAACAUCACAUGAUAUUUUUUGGGAAUCCUUUUUUUUUCUGUUGUUUUUGUAUGUGGACUCUUUGUUCAGUGAAAUGAAUGUAGUCUCCUUUUUUUCAAAGAAAACACUAUCUAUGGAGUGGAUGUUCUUUUACUCUGCUCAUUCAUGCAAAAUGAAAUUUCUUUAUCACUGUACAUCAGAUUUUUUUCAUAUUUUACAAAUAUCCUAUGAGAUAAAAAAGUAUAUUCCCAUGCGUAUUUGACCAUAUGCUUCAUCGAGCUUGCAUGUUACGGAUCUAGAGACAAUGUACUUGAGCAGAUUAUCUGAAUAUGGAACUGAAGAAAAUUUAGACUGAAUCUACGCUAUAUGAUUCUGACCAGUGCUGCACUUAACCCUCUUAGUUGUUUUUUAAAUUUAUUCCUCCCUUUUUGUAUUUUCAUUUGCUCCGUUUAUCCCCUCCGUCAUCAUGGGCCGUGUUUGUUAUCUUUGUGUUGAAGUUGGCAACUCUUUGCUUGAUUCUUUUAUUCUGUUCAGGCUACUAAAGAGUCUAUUCAGAUUGUAUUCUAUGUUACACGAGGAAAAACAAAGUGAUAGGUGUUUGUUCUGCUUCAGUGGGUAAAUGCUUUUUUUUUUAUAAAUUUAUUUAAAACACAUAACCUCUUAGUUUGUAUUUCUUUGAGUAAAAGCCGUCUCUGCUGGGCCGAUGCAAACUCAC